GGGGACUCUGGGCUAUACCAACCCUGAGAUGGAGGUGGAGGAUCCUACCACCAUGGCUGCAGCGCGGGGGGGGCUAGAGUACUAUGGCAACGGCAGAGUUCAUAGUUCAUCCAGCAGGAUGGUUGAAGAGGAGCAGUUACCCACCGUCUCUACUGAGCACAGAGCUGCACCACGGAGACACAUCCAGAAAAAGAAGAAAGUCCACAAAGUGCCAGCGGAGGUGAUCAACGACCGUUCCACUGAGACCAGCAGCAACAGAGACCCAGCCUUCAACACUACAGAACCUGUAGACUCCUGCAGUGUAACUCCAGUCCCCACGUCCGUGUCCCACCUGUCCAGCUCCCUGAGCCAGCACCUCUCCUUCCCCCUGCGGGCCUCCCAGCCCCCCACUAGCUCCCUACAUCCUGGUCUCCAACCUGACCCCGUGCUGCCCGCCGGGCCCCCUGCUGAGUAUCACUCUGACUCUGCAGAGUCCCUGGAGGAGAUCCCCGUGGCGUUGGCACGACUGGGCACCUCCGCCGCGGCAGGAACGUCUACGGGUAGGACUGCAGCGUCUGGGUCGUCAUCUCAACGCUCUCUACUGCUGCCUGCAGCCCGACCCCAUCCCUCGCCCCAGCCCCGGACCAAGAGGAAGUCCUCCGCACACAGCAGCAGGACAGGGGGAGGGGGGGAGCAGAGGUUUGAGAUGGCCGCCCAGCCUCCUACGGUCUACGUAAGUAGGAGUAGUGGACAGCCGGGGGGAGGAGCCCAGCACCGGGACAACAAACACAGCAGCAGACAGGCCAGUAGGAGAGGCCUGGAGCAGCCUGGUCCUGGGUCCAGCUCCAACCAUAGCUCCAGGGCAGGCACCCCCAGGAUGGCCACUGGACCCUGGGCCCCAGACCAGCUCCCCAGGAUGGACCACUGCACACUGGGCCACUGGACCCUGGGUCCCAGGAUGGACCACUGCACACUGGGCCCCAGGAUGGACCACUGGACCCUGGGCCCCAGGAUGGACCACUGCACCCUGGGCUGGACCCACCACUGGGUCCUGGCUGGAGGGCUGGCUGUGUAA